UUGAUCGUUUCCAACGUAACAGAACUGAUCGUUUUUUUCAAUUUGCGCCACAUUUAGUUCAACUGUGCGUCCAAUACGGUGUUGAAGUAGAUUUCUCGAAACGAAUAAAGGCUAUCAUUACAAAACGAUUGUGCGUGAAUUAUUCGAAAUGCCGCCAAAGCCAACCGAAAAGCAACGUACAAAAUCUAGCCGCGCCGGGCUAACAUUUCCGGUAGGUCGCAUCGCCACUGCGCUCAGAAAAGGUAACUAUGCUGAACGUAUUGGCGUGGGUGCUAGUAUAUACAUGGCCGCUACCCUUGAAUAUCUGGCGGCUGAAAUUCUCGAGUUGUCCGGAAACGCUGCCAAGGAUAACAAAAGAAGCCGUAUUGUUCCUCGUCAUAUCCAACUGGCAGUCCGCAAUGAUGAGGAACUGAGUGUUCUACUGAAGGAAGUCACCAUUUCUGAAGGUGGUGUACUGCCCAACAUUCAGGCGAUUCUUCUACCCAAGAGCACCAAAGCCAAGAAUUCUCAGACUGAACCAAGUCAGGAAUAUUAAUCUAUUGCGUCCUAGCGCCAAAGACGUGGCAUUCAUUUUGUUUUAUGGGGCUUCAGGAAUAAGCCGAUUUGAUGUUAAAAUGUUUUUCAUGUACUUGGAAAUUAUAAAUACUGAGUGUUGAAUUUUAUGCUUGAUUAAUGUAAGGUUGUGUAAC